UAGUUCUGUAAGAAUAGCGCUGUCAUUCCGUACAAGGUGGCAAGAAACAGCCCAAACGCGAACGCGCCUAGACUGCGCAUUGCCUCCAUAAGUGGGGAAUCGUGCGACUUCGUAGACUUUCGUCCUUUAACAUUACGUCUCCUUCCCACAGCUGUUUGAGCCCUGUACGAACAGCUGGUUUCUGUUCUUCCAUUGUGGGCCAUCUUUUCGCACCAAUAAGUAAAGAUGGCAAAAGAAUAGUUAAAGUACUGGAAAUUGAAAACAAAACAGCAAGGUUAUUAUGCCUAAUACAAAUAAGAAAGCAGUAUAUAUCAGCAACCUAAUAAAACUACAAAUAGGUAACAGCUAGGCUGCAAUCAUAUGGCUGCAAUACUUACAUUAACGUUCGCUUCAUCUAAAUAACUAGGCCUACAACUAACAUUGCCAAAUAGGCCUACUUAGGCUAGCUAUCAUACUAUUAUUAAUAGGCUGGUCAAUCAACUUUCUCCUCGAGGCCUACCCUAUCUGAAAAAAAUAUUUCUAUAAUCAAAAUAUCCGUAAGAACAUCAUGUUGCCAAGUAUAAACGAAUUAAAUGGGACUGAAGAAUAAGAACACUGUUGCGUGGCAACCAAACAAGCUAACGUAAUUUACAGUAUUUCAAAAUUAUUGUGUCCGUAAAAACGCGACGAGCAAAUUUGAGCUAAUUUGCUAUCAUAAAAUGUCCUAAUUAACUCGGUAGAUUAGGCUAAACUAAAGACAGUAAAUUAUGAUUCAGUCAAGCAGGAUCAGUAAAAUAAAAACCGCGCAUACCACCGUGGAGAGGAUAAUCUCGCGGAUUCUCCCGGCUUUCGCACACACAUUUCUGUUCAGCAAGCCAAAAGAGUUCCGCCUGCGUCGGCUAUGCAUGGGUGCGCUUUUCGGAGCUGUCAGUGGUAUCGCAUUAUUUUUUGGACUUAUGUACAAGAUCCCAAUGUCCAUCGCACUCAAAAUAAUUUUUGCCUGUGUUUUUGUCGGUUUGUGUGCUGUGGGUGGGGCACUCUCCACUUACUUCCGUUGUGCUGUUCUCCUGAUGUUUCCCAGUAUGCUUGGAUCCCGGGGUCGAGCCUAUAUAAUGCUUAUUGUCAUGUGUGGCCUCUACCAAGGGCCCAUCUCCAAUAUCUACAACAACGUGCAGAACAUAGCCUUCUCCAUGGGCUGUAACAUUGAACUGCAGAUCGAGCACAGCAAGGUUAUGUGGAAGGUGGUGAUCGAUCCCUUCAUGCAAGUGAUGCGAAGCAUUGUGGACGACAAAGGGAAGUUCCAGGAUGAGGCAAAGAACGUGACCAGAAACUUCCAGAGCAUUAGAGAGGAGGUGAUGGGGGAAUACGGUUACAACACCCUCAACCAGGAAUCUGCCCUGAAGGGCAAGAGCACCCAAGAGAUUUUUGUUGCCAAGACCAUGCUGCGGUGUGAAUAUGUUGUACAGCAGGGGAUAGAUCGCUGUCGGGACUGGUUCCACUUCAAGUGGCAGGACUGUAUGGAAACUGUCAAGGCCCCUCUGAUCAGCCACUUGCUUUGUGUGCCCAUGCAGUUUCACUUUCUUUGUGACGUCAUGAGAGUCAUGACGCCUUGGUGCAAAAAGGAGAUUCCAGUGGAGGGUAACUUUGGACAAACCUAUGACAAGAUAAACACCUCUAUCAACAGUCUGGGAGAGGACUUCAGCACAGUCUUGGUUGCCAAAAAGAUAAAGCAGCAGUCUUUGUUUGGGGUGGAAGUGUUACCAGAGGAAUUCACAGAGGAGCUGCGUAAAAGCUUUCAGGAGAAAAAGGUCUUUGUAGAACAGGUGCUGGAGGUGUUCCAAGUCCUUCUCUCCUGUACCUUUGUCUUGAUCUUUUACUCUGCUUUUGAUUAUGCUAGACAAUACUGCCAAGCCAUUCGCUUUGACAACAAGUAUAUAACCACUUACUUCAGACAGAUCGACGCCCGUAGGAAGAAGGCGGGCAAGCGGUACCUCUUACCCCUGAAGAAAGCCGAACGUGGCAAUUUCAUAUACCCAUGGAGUCUUUCCAUACACCCCAGCGAGCUCAAGCUUGUGACUCUGGGCUUGCUGAAGGUUUGUGGUCUGGCCCUCUUCAUUGGAAUUAUGUUGGCCAUGGACUGGAUCCUUUACCACAUCUUUGACAUCAUCCGCAGGCACACAUUUACUGAGUACUCCUUCACAAGCAGUCAUCAGAUAGAAAUCAACAUUGGUGGACAAUCUAUGCUUGCAACUCUCCUGCGGAAAACCAUUGGUGCCUUUAACACCUCCUCCAACUUAGACUUGAUGUCCAGCAAUCGCCACUGCCUGCCUCAGCCGCGGGCCCUCAGCUGGGAGGAAUACCUGUGGGCGACAGGACCCGUGCUAAUAAUGGCCCUCAUGUGCUGUCUGCAGGUGUACAGCAAUCGCCUGCGCAGGGUCAUCUGUGCUUUUUACUUUCCCAAGCGGGAGAAGAGGCGGGCUCUGUUCCUGUACAACCUACAGAUCCAGAGGCGGAUCUCAUAUCUGGACACGCAGCGCAAACUUCUCAUGAAGCGUGGGAAACCGCAGAGGACCGUGCUGUCCAUCAUUUCCUCUGGAUUUGGGAGGCUAGGCUUUAAGCUUCAGUGGUGUUGUGUUUGUGGGGAGAGACAGAGAGGGAACCAGGGUGUGGAGUGUAGCAUUCAGGAUUGCCAGGUGGCCUACUGCCCUCAGUGCUGGAGAGACCUGGGCAGGGUCUGCUUUGCCUGCACCUCCUAUACCCAGUAUGACAUUGAUGAGAGUGAGAGUGAUUCUGAUAACAACUAUCCUGAAUAAAAAAAAUUUAAACAAGCACCCAUUAGCAUGCAUAAUUGCACACAUCUACUACAAACACACACACACACACACAGUCACACAUGCACAAUCAGAUGUAUACACAAGUAGACACACCAGUAAGCCUACAUACAAAGACAUGCUCAAACACACACAUACAAUUGGCACUUUCUUGUCUUUUUUAGUAAAUACUGGAUUUUUUAAACUUUUAGUUGCAAUAUGAACAUGUGGCUUACCUCAUGUGUGAUAAUUUAUUGUAAAUGAUGCUCUGAGGAAAAAAGGUGAUAUGUAUGUUUUAGGGUCAAGGCCUUAGUAAUUUUAGUAAUUUAGUAAUAGUAAUUUUAAGCCCAUUUUGGACACUAAGAAAAUGCUUGAAGGAACAAGAUAAGGGCACAUUUAUUGGUAGCAUUUAAUAUUAUUUUCUGAUUAACAAAGGUUAUUAUAAAGGUACAGUUAAAUGACGCGUGGUUCAUUUCUUUCACACGAAACAAGAUUACUGCUCAUCCCGAUGUCUAAUUGUAAGCUGCUGUCAGAAUUAGCUGAUGCAGACAAAAUGUAGUGAUAGGCCUACAGGUGUGAGCAAUGAUGUCAAAGCAUGUGCAAUAACUCAUGGAAAAUAAGUAGUCUACCUAUUUUUCAGCACUGAUAAACUGUCACAAUAGCCAGGAAAAUACUGAUAGAUAACCCAAUUACAUUUUAGCAGACACUCUCAUUAAGAGCGACAUUGACAGCUAAAAUGUUUAUUCAUACAAUCCAUGUACAGUAUCCUCCAAAAGAAUGGGAACUGUAGAAUGAAAUUUGUUGUUUUUGCUAUUAAUUUAUGACAUUUGGAUUUCAGUUGGACAGUUGAACAUGAGACAAAAGCUCAGGAAAACCGCUGUUUUGGUGUUGAGUCCACCCAUUUAAGUUAAGUUAAGAGAUUAACUUAAAAGUAAAUGAGAGCAAUAUUUCUCAUAUUUGGUUGCAUGGCCCUUAAAUGUGAUAACUGCAUGAAGUCUGACACAUUCAUUUGGUAUCUUCUUUAACUUCACUGCAAACCUUCAUUGUAGCCACUUUCAGUUGAUAUUUUGUUUUUGGGGUUUCUGUCUUCAGUUUCCUUUUCAGCAAGGUAAUUAAAUCAGGUGACUCACUUGGCCAGUCCAAAAUUUUCCAUAUUUUAACCUUUUAUCCUAUUUAUGAAUGCUUUGGUUACCUAGGCACUGUGUUCGGGGAUGAAGGGCCAGAUGAAGCCUGGCCUAUGAGGUUGGAGGAAUUUUUUUUACAAUAGCCCAACAAAACCUGUACUGUAUGUACACCUCCAAAUUCAUCCUACUGAUUCCAUCCUCUAUUGCAUCAGCAAUAAAGGUGAGUGAGCCUGUACUAGAAGCAGCCAUACAUGCCUACUUGUGACACUACCUACUCCAUAUUUCACUGAUUGGGAUGGGGUGCUUUGGAUCAUGGGCUGUUCCUUUCUCCACAAUUUUGGCUUUCUGUCAUUUUGGUAAAGGUUUAUUUUGGUCUUGUCCGUCCAUAAACCUUUAUUCCAGAACUCUAUUGGCUCAUCAGAUUAUUUGUUUUCCAGCCAUAGUUAGUUCUCAUGGUGGUGUAUGCCUCCUGACUGCAAAUGCAAUCUGUACAGAUGAAAACAAAGGCUAAAAUCAAGAUUAGACUCACUGCUCUUUUGUGUGUAAACAAUUAAUCCAAAGGGGACCUGAGAAACAGGUAACACCUGUCCAUUAACUUUUGUGCAGCUGAAAAUGGGUUGACUCAAAACAAA